CUCUUUUACUCAUUGGUUCCUCGAUUUAAAGGUGAAUUUGAAAUUUUUUCCGAGAAACUUUGUUUGUUUCCCUUACAAUUUUAGAACUAUUUUAAGUUACUAUAACAUAUUAUAAGCUUUUAUUUACACUUUAAACAGUUAUAUUAUUCAAAAUGUCUGCUUUAAUUAAUGAAAAAGUUUGGCUCGACAAAACAAUCUACACAGAUGCUGAACGAAACUACUAUGAAUCAUUGUCAAAAGGCCAAGUUUCUACAAGUGGAUCAUCUUUAGCUAGUGAAGUGGCUAAAGCUAGACAGCACAUUAAAAAUUCACUAGAAUGUAUGGACAGUGUUGCUGCCUUAGCUGGAGUUCCUAACACUGAAAUUAACAACAAGCUAAAUAAUCUGGAAAAAGAAAAUUCAGAAUUAAAGAAGGCUAUAGAUGACUUGCGUAAACUAGUUAUCAGUCUACAAGUAAGAGUUGAAUCAAUAGAGUCAGUUGGCUCUUCAAGCAACAUUCAAGUUGAAACAACAAAAAAAGCCACACCUCAAGAAGAUUCAGAUGAUGGUGUUGAUUUGUUUGGAUCUGACGAUGAAGAAGAAAGUGUUGAAGCAGCAAAAAUAAGAGAAGAGAGACUUGCUGCAUACAAUGCAAAGAAAUCUAAAAAACCUGUGCUCAUUGCAAAAUCAAACAUAAUAUUGGAUGUUAAGCCAUGGGAUGAUGAAACCGACAUGAAAGCUAUGGAAGAAGCAGUAAGAUCUAUCAGCAAUGAUGGCCUUUUGUGGGGUGCUGCAAAACUUGUGCCUCUUGCAUUUGGCAUUCAAAAGUUGCAAAUAUCAUGUGUAGUUGAAGAUGAAAAAAUAUCAGUUGAUUGGCUAACUGAAGAAAUAGAAAAGUUUGAAGAUCUUGUACAAAGUGUGGAUAUUGCUGCUUUUAAUAAAGUUUAAAAUGUAAAAAAUUGCUGUUAUUAAAUGGACAUAUUUCAUUUA